UUGUUCUUCAAUUUCAUUACUCAAUCCAAAUAGUUUUCUUCUCCUAAUUUUCCUCUCUUUUUCAAAAAUGGAGGAUCAACUGAACAGAGAACUCGAUCUUCUACCUUCAACACUCACCGAUUCAUCUCUUCUCCGACUCCGAUCAUCCUCGUCGUCAAAAUCCGAACGCGGCGGUCCGUCACUCGACCUACAGCUCUCAAUCAGCGUCGGGCCACCGUCCAUGCUGAUGUGCGAAGGAGUGGAAGCACUGAAGUGGGAAGCAGCGGAGCAAAUCCGCCUCGCCGCGAUGGAAAAGGCGUACGCCGAGAGAGUGAGGGAACUGACACGGAGGGAGAUGGAAAUGGCGCAGUCAGAGUUCGCACGUGCCAGACAAAUGUGGGAGCGUGCCAGAGAAGAAGUUGAGAAAGCAGAAAGGAUCAAAGAAAGAGCAACUAGACAGGUCGAUUCCGCUUGCAUGGAGAUCACGUGUCAUUCUUGUAGGCAAAGAUUCAGACCUGCUUCUGCUUGAAUUCGGUUUUCAUAACUUCGUUCACGUUCAACACAUCUUUGUUUAAAAAACUAUAACUCGAUCAAUAUUUUAAUUAAUUAACAUGUUUUCCUCUAAA